AUGGCAACCGAGAACAACAUCUACGGGUACAGUCCCUCUAUCCCUGCGGCGGGUAUCUUCAUUGUCCUCUUCGGGAUAUCAACGGCGUACCACGUCUACCAGCUGAUCAAAGCUCGAGCACUGUAUUUCAUCCCGUUCGUCAUCGGUGGUAUUUUCCAAAUAUUGGGCUACAUCUUCCGAAUUCUCGGUCACAACAGUCCAGAUUCUGUUCCGCUAUACGCGCUACAGACGGUUUUGAUCCUCCUCGCCCCAGCCCUGUAUGCGGCGAGCAUAUACAUGGUCCUCGGCCGGUUGAUCGUCCAUUUGGCUGCUGAGCAGCAUAGCCUUGUACGAGUGAACUGGAUGACAAAGAUCUUCGUGACGGGAGAUGUUAUCUCGUUCCUGAUGCAGUGCGGAGGAUAUAGUGGCUGA